AACAGGCUUAUUUCUUCAUUUAACUUCCUCUCUGCUGCGAAAAGGGUGUUUCCCAUCUUCACCUGUCUUCGCGUUCGCCAUGGCCGCCGAACCAGCCGCUGCAGCACCCGCUGGCGCUCUCCAGAGAAGCCAGGUAGAUUUAGUGGACUUUGUGGACUGGAGCGGAGUUGAAUGUCUCAAUCAAAACACUGGUCAUUCCCUCGUCAAUGCUCUAAAACAGGGUUAUCGAGAAGAUGAGGGAUUAUAUUUAGAGAGUGAUGCAGAUGAGCAGCUGCUAAUAUACAUGCCAUUUAAGCAAGUUAUUAAGUUGCAUUCUAUUCUAAUUAAGGGUCCGGAAGAAGAUGGCCCUAGGAUGGUAAAGUUGUUUGCAAACAAGGAGCACAUGGGUUUUAGUAAUGUUAAUGACUACCCAGCCAGCGACUCCGUAGUGUUGACCACAGCUCAUCUCAAGGGAAAACCGGUUACGUUGAAGUAUGUAAAAUUUCAGAAUGUUCGGAGCUUGACUAUUUUUAUUGAGGACAACCAAUCUGGAGCUGAUCUCACCAAGGUUCAAAAGAUUGCACUCUUUGGAACAACGGUUCAGUUAGGGCAAGGCUGUGGCUUUAUGCCCUUCCGGUAAAAAGUAAAGCUGUCCCUCGAAAACCUGCCGAGACCUUUGCGGGAGUUAAAGGGUGGCAACGCGCAGGACCAAUGUCCCCAUAGGGUUGGGCUGGGCCAUGUAAAAAACAACUGAGGAAAGAAUAACAGAAAAAAAGAAGGCUGGGCUGGACCGAACCAGGCUGGCACUUUCCCUGACCCAGCCCUCUGACCACAAUUUGUGGCCCGAGACCUAUUUUUACUGGACUGUCCAGCUCAAUUCCACCUUUAGCGGGACUGACCUUUCCCUAGGCUAACCUAUUACAUUGUCGUUAACACCGUAGUUAUUGUGUCUUGAUGGAAUAGCGGACACUGUGUUCAUGUGGGUAUACUUUGACGGACCCGCCAUUUCUUUAGACAAUGUACGCAGUGAUACAUCAAGGGUCCAGAUUUAGCUGAUAAAUUCGUAAUCACUGAGGCACGUUUUUUUCUGGAAUGCCUUGAGCUCUGAAAUGUGAACAAUUUACGAGCAUUUUGUAUAUUUGUUUAUAAAGUGGGCCUGCUAUGCUUC